UGCACACAACUCAUUGCCCGCCUCUUGUUUAUACUGCCUUCCGCGCGUCUCUUCCUAAGACCGCGGCCACCCAAAAGGGUGCGAAAAGAAAUAAGGAAAUAAAAGCACAGAAAAGGAACUGGGUAGUCACGACAUGGUAAUGCGCAGUUUUCCAUGCUCAUACUAUAGGUGGAGUUUCUAUCUCUUGGUGCGGCUCGGCUUGGUUGGUGGGAUGCCAUUACAUAGGCACUGGCGCCGUUCGUCCUCGAGCUUUUCGCGCGAGUUCGCCCCUUUUCGUUUGUAUUCUCUGAUUACGACUGGCUUCAUGGCUUCAUGGUUGACUGACGCGCGCAUAUUGCAUGGUUCGGAUUGGGGAGGUCUGCAUUCUGCGAUUCACCAUGGAAUGAGUGGGGGCUGGGUUUGGAAGGUGCAAACCGGUCGGUUUUCUCCUUUUUUCUUUUAUUUUUUAUUUUUUAUUUUUAUUUUAUUUUUGCAUUUGAGGGUCACAUAUGGGCUCACUGCCUCACUGCCCUGCCCUGCGCUCUCUCUCUCUCCGAUUGUUUUUAUCUCUUGCCUCCUUUGUCCUGCCCAACGAGUUUCUGUCACCCCUAGAUGCCAUCUCAGGAGGUGGCUGUUCCAGGACGGACUGCGGGCUAGGAAUGACCACUGGCGGUGGGAAAUAUUGGCCGAGCAAGCUCUUCACCAACCCAUGGUAUGGAGUUGAUCGAAGAGUUGGUCUCGGCCAGGCAGCUGAUAGAUAGGUCCUGCUAUAGAAAAUAAUGCUCAUCGUACACUCCACACAGCGACGCACAAGCAGCGUUUGAUGGAAUCGAUAAUGGGGUAGUUGAUGUAGAAAUGAGCAC